GGCGGCGGGCGGUAGGCGCGUGGGUCGGAAGCAGCGGCGGCGGAGAGAGCGAGAGAGAGGCUGAGGGAGGGAAAGGCGCGAGCGAGCAAAAUGGCGGCGGCCGCGCAGCUCACGGACGAGGAGCUCUUCUCGGAGCUACGGCGCCUGGGCUUCUCUCCGGGCCCGGUGACGGAGAGCACGCGGCCGGUGUACCUGAAGAAGCUGAAGAAGCUGCGGGAGGAGGAGCGGGCCUCCAAGACCCGCAACAGCGGACACCUUCUCCACCCGGGGCCGGGAGGCGGCUUGGCCGAGCUCUCCCCUUUUCCCGGCGGCAGUCACAGCAGCAGCAGCAGCAGCAGCAGCAACAACAAAGUCUUGCUGGGCUUCAGCUCGGACGAGUCGGACGCGGAGGCCGGGCCUAGAAGCCUCGUUGGAGGCAGCAGCAGGAGGGACCGCGCCUCAGCUGCACGCCGGGAGCCGAGGCCUACUGCUGCUUCUGCGGCAGAGGCAGCAGCGGCGGCGGCGUCUCCUCUUCCUCCUCCUUCGCCCUCAGGCUGCCUCCCGCAUAGCAGUAGCGGAGGCCUGGCUGAGGCGCCGGCGCGACGAAGGCCUCACGCUUGGUGGAGGGCCUCCGCGGGGCCUUGGGAAGCGCCUCAGCCGCCGCAGCAGCAGCAGCACCACCACCAAGGCGAGGAGGAGGAGGGAGACGAAGCACCUCGAGAGCGCUGCAAAGCCAGGGCGGUGAACGGCAACCGGUUCCUGUCUUAUAGCCGGAGGGAGAAAUACUCCGACUCUGAGGAGGAAGAGGAAGAAGAAGAGGAGGAGGAAGAAGAGGACGAGGAGGAGGAGGAGAAGGACGCCUCGUUGACCCGCCACUACUUGGCAAGGAAGGGCCUCAGCAAAGGGGUCCCUUUCUCCAGCCAUCCUUGUGCUGAUGGAGAUGGGGAUGACUCCAUGGAGAGCAGCGCGAGUGAGCUGGACAGGGCAGCCAGGGGUCAAGAGGAAGGCGGCCUGCCCAGGCUCCGCCACGGCGCCUCCAAGAAAGGCCUCUUCCUGCCGCACUUGGACUUGGGCAGGAAGCCGGCCAACAACCACAUUCUGGGGGCCGAUGGCGGGUUGGGCCCUGAAUCCAGGAUCUACGCACCCGCCGCCACCAACAGCAUCUCUCCUGGCGGGGCUGCUCCUCCCAGAAUGAAUCACUCCAACCACACGGGUCCCAACCAUGCGUACCUGAAAAAUAUCUACAAGCAGAAGCUUUCCGAGCCCGAAGAAGACCUGCUUCAGCAGUUCAAGAGGGAAGAGAUAUCCACUACUGGAGGGUUCAGUGCUCACUACCUGUCUAUGUGCCUCUUGACUGCGGCCUGUUUGUUUUUCCUGGUGCUGGGACUCACCUACCUGAGGAUGAGGGGGUCUGGAGUGGCUGUGGAUGGGGGAGUUGACAGCAAAAAUCUGUCCAUUGGGAACCUUGAUGUAAAUGCAAAUGAAACCAUUCUCAUGAAUAGCUUGUACAUACUUCACGACAAGCUGGCACAGAUAGCAGGGGAUCAUGAAUGUGGCAACUCUGUCAAGAAAGGACUUUCUAUUCAGGAGGCUGCUGCAUAUUUAAAAAGCUUAGGUGCCGACUAUGAAAAUGUCUUUAACAAAUGCUUGGAAUGGAUUCUAAAUAGCGGAGAGGAUGUUGGCAUUAAGUGUGUUGGCCACAGCUCUGAUGAGGAACCUAUAACCAAUUCAACUGAUGUAAAAUACUUAAUAUCAACUAGACCACAGAUGUCUUUUACAUGUCGUUUCCGUCGUGCAUUUUUUACUGCCUUGUGCAGAUCAUUAAUCUUGGUUUUAGGUAUAGGAAUGAUUUGGGGAGUAUUCAGGUAUAUGAAGUAUCGGUGGUCUAAAGAGGAAGAGGAGACGAGACAGAUGUAUGAUAUGGUUGUAAAAAUUAUAGAUGUUUUAAGAACCCACAGUGAAGCAUGUCAGGAAAACAAAGACUUGCAACCCUACAUGCCUAUUCCCCAUGUUCGAGAUUCUUUGAUUCCACCUCAAGACAGGAAAAAAAUGAAGAAGGUAUGGACUAGAGCUGUGGAUUUCCUUGCUGCUAAUGAAUCUAGAGUUCGCACAGAAACACGGAGAAUAGGUGGUGCUGACUUUCUGGUUUGGAGAUGGAUACAGCCAUCUGCAUCAUGUGACAAAAUGUUGGUCAUACCAUCUAAAGUAUGGCAAGGACAAGCAUUUCACUUAGACAGAAGAAAUUCACCACCAAAUAGUUUGACACCUUGCUUAAAGAUACGCAAUAUGUUUGAUCCUGUCAUGGAAAUAGGAGAUCAUUGGCACUUGGCAAUUCAAGAAGCAAUCUUGGAAAAAUGUAGUGAUAAUGAGGGAAUUGUUCACAUAGCUGUGGACAAAAAUUCACGCGAGGGCUGCGUGUAUGUCAAGUGUUUGUCUCCAGAAUAUGCCGGAAAGGCUUUUAAAGCAUUACACGGCUCUUGGUUUGACGGCAAACUGGUAACGGUAAAAUAUCUACGACUAGAUCGAUAUCAUCAUCGUUUUCCCCAGGCUGUUAGUUGUAGUGUUCCAUUGAAACCAUCAAAUACACACAUGAACUCAAUGUCGCAUCUUCGUCUGCGGACAGGCACAGCUAAUUCUCAGGGAAACUCCUGAGACGUUUUAUUGAUAUUAGAACUGUUGACUUUCAGCGGGAACAUUUCCUGUCUGGCCCUGUCUUCCACUUUUAGUACUUUUAUAUGUAACAUUUUCAUUAAAACGAUGUUCAAGGAAGUCAUUUUUUAAAAAAAAUGAGCAAUGAGGCAGUAGUGCUGAGUUACAAGAACAAUUCCUCCGUAAAGUAUUUUGGAGCUUAUACAAACCAACACAUUAUGUUUUGCAUGACAAAUGUUGAAUUUAUUGAACAUUUUCAGAUGUGGCUGUAUUUUUGCACCAAACAAGUGUUUGAUAACAGUCUAAAAGCAUGGAGAUGUACUGUAUUUCCGUAGUUUCCUGUGAAAUAAUCUUGUGGGUAUUUUGUAACAAAACCACCUGCAGUUUCUGAUGGAAAGUAAGUAGAAGUGUUAGUUUCUGUCUGGUUUUGGGUUUCUGUUGCUGUAAGAGCUUCAUUUGUGUUGGCCGAGGGAUGGGGAAGAGAGGUGGUCUUAGUGGCUGGAGAGGGAAAACCAACUGAAUGCAGAUGUACCUGUUUUGUAUAUACAUUUAGAUGGUGGUGGUGGCAUCAGCAAAGGUAAUCUUGUUUUGUGAGGAUGUCUGCAUUAAAGCAGUGAAUAAGCUUCCUUAUUUUAUUCAUAACCUAAUGUUUUAUAUAUUUUGGCUGUACCAUUACAUAAAGGCCAAACACCUUGAAGUAUUAGAUUCCAAGUUCAAUAUCUUUUAUAGGUUUUAUAUUAAAGUAUAUGGUUAUGAUUUAUGUGUGAAUGGUCUGUAACUGUGAUAAUGGAUUCGGAAUUAUGUGAGCAAUAAAGAAGCAGUUGGCAGGUACUCCAAAAACUUUGUGAAAAGUUAUUUAUUACAAAAGCAAGGCAUUGGCUAUGUACCACUUUCCUGUAUGAUUCCUUAAACAUGUGUAAAACUGAAAAAAGUGCACAUAUUUUGGAAAUAAAUCUUGAUUGUUAGAGCUUAGAGAUGCAGUAAACUUACGGAAGAGUUGUGUGUGAUAUUAAAUGUGUGCAUUGUUUACACCUAAAACUGCAAAAUGGUUGAAGUUUAGCUGAAAAUACAGAAUAAUUGGAGAUAACCAUUCCUGCGGAAGCAGCAUAAUUUGCCGAUCCAGCUGGGUAUUGCAUAGGUGAAGAGAUGGGAAAUCAACCGGUUUAAAAUGAAUUUACUUAAAACCCAUUUUUAUAGUAAUGAUCUGCAGCAUGAACUUGCACAAAUAAUGCACGUUUCUUAUGGUUAAGUGAACAUGAUGCACACUUCUGUAAUGAAAAAUCCUAUUGUGCCUUACCUUUGUGCUUUUUUUGUGGGCAACAUGUUUAAUAAUUGACAUUUUCUUAUCUGGAAAAAACCCUUAGUCAGUUUAAUGUCCUGGAUGCUAACAAACAAGUAUGUGUAAUAUAAUCAACCAUGCAAAACACUACUCACCAAGAACAAGUACAUAUUUUUGAAAUGUGAGUAGUCUGUUGCAUCUGGUAGAUUUUCCAUGAGAUUUACGACAUACAUAUACGAAAAUGUACAAUAUACAUGUAUAUGUAUUUAUAUGUAUAUAAUCAGAUUUUGCUGUAUUUGUGCAUCAUAGUGAUUUAUUGAUCUAAUCUUAGUACCCAUCUUGUGACCUGUUUGCAAGCGUGAAUGUAAAAUUUAGUUGUGGCAGUUUAAAAGGUUGCCUUUUGAUGCAGAUGCAUCUUUCUUGCUUCUAAACUGUUUGUAAACACUGUACAUUUAUUAUGGUAAUCUGUACUAUUAUGCAGCUUAUUUUAUCUUUAAAAUGUUGACCAAUAUUCCUCCCUGCAAGACAGAUGGGAAUGUGUAUAAUACCUUGGACAUUUGAGAAACCAGAUGUUUGUAAUUUGUCCUGUAAAAAAACACAAAAGCGAAUCAAAACUAAUUAAAGAUUUAUUAGGGCUUUUUA